UGUUAUUUUCAGAGAGGCAAAGGCGACAAAGUCAAAGUGAAGAACGCCCUAACAUGUGUGAUCUGAGGAUUGUUCUUCUGGGGAAGAAUGUAUCAGAAAACAGCCGAGUCAGAAACUCAAUCCUGGGAAUAGAUGUGCAUGAGAGUGAUGCACAUAUAAAGCAGCACAAUGUGCUGAAAAUCAGUGAAACAGUGAAGAACAGACACGUCACAGUCAUUAACACUCUUCAUCUGCUGAAUCUAAACAUCUCAGAUCAUCAGAUCACACAGACAGUGAGAGACUGUGUGAAUCAGUCUGAUCCAGGACCUAAUACGUUCAUAAUCAUACUGCAGUAUAAAGACUUCACUGAGGAGGACAUGCAUAGAGUGAAACUUGUGCUCAACAAAUUCUGUGGAGAAGCGAUUAAACGUACCAUCGUUCUCACGACUGAUGAAGAGAGAGACGACUCAUACAUGAGGCCUAUGAUAAAGCAGACAGCUAUUCAUCAGUUAAUAAAUGAGUGUGGAGGAAGACAUAUGGAGUUUGAAAAAGAAAACCCAGAAUGGCAAUCUGACAUAUUCAAGAGGGUUGAUAAUAUACUUCAGGAAAACCAGGAAGAAUGUCUCACAUGUGAAAUAUUUCAUGAUGCUGAAGAAGCAUCAGAGGAUGAAGAACAAAGCAGAUCUCAUGGUUCAGUCAGAUCAGAGGAAAAAAACAAAGAGCGUUCUUAUUACAAAGAUGAUGGAAAACCUGAACAGAGCAAGAGAAGUGAAAGAAGUCUAAUUGAUAUAAGAGAGUGGAUUCGCUCCAACUUGCCAGCAAAUUUCUCUGGAAAACAGAAGCUGAAUCUGGUGUUGUGUGGAAGUGAUCCAACAUUUAAAGUCUCGGUGUCCAAACUUUUACGAGGAAAACAUAUAAAACUUGCACAUCAGAGAGAGAGCAGUAAAGAGUGUGUUAAGAAAGAGGAGAGGAUUCAUGGUCGUCAGAUCAGUCUGGUGGAGCUUCCAGCUCUGAUCCAUCUCUCAGAGGAGGAAGUGAUGCGUCAGACUCUCCGCUUUCUGUCUCUCUGUGAUCCUGGAGUUCAUGUUUUCCUCCUCAUUGUUCCUGAUGCUCCACUUACUGAUGGAGACAAAGCAGAAAUAGAGAAGAUCCAGAAGAACUUUUAUUCCAGAGAGCAUUUCAUAGUAAUGUUUAUCAAUGAUGGCACAGUUAAAAGACCAGAGACAGACUUCAUAAAAUACAGCACAGAAUCUCAGUCGUUACUCAAUCGUUGUGGAGGUCGGUACUAUGUGAUGGGUUUAAAAGAGCAUGAAAACUCAAGACAGAUCCCAGAUCUACUGGAUUAUAUAGAGAACAUGAAGACUGAACCAUAUUCACCUCAAAUAUAUAUGAAAGCUCAAGAGAACAGAGUCAGACGUGAAACAGAGGAGAAAUAUGAAGAGAAACUGAAGAGAAUGGAGGAUGAAAUCAAAGAGUUAAAGCAGAAGAUUCAGUCAGAAGGUGCUGAAUGUUCAGAUGAUCUGAAGAGUUUGAGGAUUGUGCUGAUCGGGAGAACAGGAAGCUUUGACACGACACUGACAAAUGAACUAGUGGUGGAAGAAAUAAUGAAAUGUGUUUCAAUGUCGUCACCUGGACCUCAUGUUUUUGUCAUUGUGUUGAGUGUGGGGAGAUUCACCAAGGAAGAAGCAGACACAAUAGAUCUGAUAAAGAAGAUCUUUGGUCAUAAAGCUGCUCAGUUCAGCAUCGUUCUGUUCACUAGAGGAGACGAUCUUGAUGAAGAGUCCAUAGAGGAUUAUGUGGAGAAUGGAAGAAAUGCUGAGGUCAAGAAACUGAUCAGAGAUUGUGGAAACAGAUUUCUGGCUUUCAAUAACAGAGAAAAACAAGACAAAACUCAAGUGAUUCAACUGUUUAACAUGAUCGAAGAGGUGAAGAACACUAAUGAGGGUCGAUACUUCACUAACAGCAUGUUUGAGGAGGCAGAGAUGUCCAUUAAGAAGAGAAUGGAGGAAAUACUGAAAGAGAGAGAGAGGGAAGUUCAGGCUCAAAAAGAAGAGUUAGAAGCCAAAUAUGAGCUGGAUAUGAAAAACCUGAUGAAGAGACUCAAGGAAGAGAAGCAACGGGCAGAUGAGGAGAGAAUGAAGAUGGAGAAUCAAUUCAGAGAAUAUGAGGAAAAACUCAGAAAAGAGUUUGAAGAGAAAGAGAAAACAGAACAGGAGAAACGAGAGAUCGAAAACCAGAAACGAUCAGCUGAGGAAAAACAGCAAAGAGCUGAAAAUAAUAAAACAAUAAAAGAGAUGAAGAGAGAGUUUGAAAAUCAGAGAUCACAGUAUGAAAAACAGCAGAAAGAAAGAGAAGAAGAAGAUAGAAAGAGAGAAGAGAAAUACAGACAAGAUCAAGAAAAGAUGAGAAAUGAACAAGAACGUGAUAUAAAACAGUUAAAGAUAAAAGAAGAAGAGGAAAUAAAAAAGAGAGAUUUGGAGGAGAAAAGGAGGAAAGAACAAGAAGAGAAAGAGAGACAGGAAUGGGUGAGAAAAAUAAAAGAGGCUGAAAAUGACAGAAAAGAGAUUCAAGAGGAAAUUAAGCGACAGCAGAGAGAAUGGGAGGAUGAAAAGAAACGACAGAUGAGAGAACACGAGGAAGAAGAGAGAAAGAGAAAAGAGAAACAUGAGGAACAACUGAGAGAAAAACAAGAAGAACUGGAGAAAAUGAGAAAGAGAUUUGAAAAAGAGAGAGAAGAAGAACGACAGAAGAUAGAGGAUGAGAGACAGAAACAGAGAAGAGAGAGAGAAGAAAAAGAGAGGGAAUAUGAAGAAAAGAAACUGGAAACAAAAAUAUAUUAUGAUCAGCUGGAGCGAGAGAGAAAAGAGGAGUGGGAGAGAAGAAAACGAGAAGAUGAUGAGAGACGAGAAGAAGAGAGAAAGAGAUGGGAGAAAAUGAUUGAAGACCUGAAACAAGAACGAGAAGAAGAGAUCAAGAGAAGAGAAAGAGAGAGAAAAGAAAGAGAAGAGAAAGAGAGAGAUGAAAUGAAACAGAAACAUGAAGAGGAAAUAAAACAAAUGAAGAGGAAACAGGAAGAUGAAGCCAGAAAACAAGCAGAAGAACUGAAUGAUUUCAGAGAAAGAAAAGAGCAGCACAUUCAGGAGCUCAAAGAGAUGCUGGAAGAACGUCAGAAACAACAUGAAUUACUGGAGAAACUCUAUCAACACCUGAAAGAGCAGAAAGGAGAAGAAAUAAAAGAGCUGCAACAAGAGGUUGAAAAACUGAAAAAUAAAUCAGGCUGUGCCAUUCUGUGAUUGAUUUCAAAGCAUAAAGAUGAGUGUCAGCAACAUUAAUGCUUCAGUUUUAUUUUUUGUUUAUAGUUACCAUAAGCUGUUUGAUUAGAAUUGCCUUGCUG